GCCUCGGUCACAAGGAAAGUUGAACUCUUCCUGCUUUUUUACCUGCAGUAAAAAAGUAGGAUAUGCAUAUACAUCCUUGCGAAGUAUUCCAUAUUAUCAAUAGAGGCCAUGGAUGCAGCUGAGGGGAAGAGUUUGCUAAACAACUAAUCUGUUUAGAAGCGCAGUGUAAAAUACAGGCAAGGAAGUGAGGCGGGCACUUGAAACUUAAACGAUUGUUGUGUUUUGGGAGUUCCAGUCACUCCAUAAAUCGCCUUUUAACAAUGGGAUGCUGUGGCAGUUCAGAGCAAAAGCAGCGCGAGUGGAAACCAUUGGAGGAUCGAAGCUGCACGGAUAUUCCAUGGCUCAUCAUAUUCGCAUUGUUCUGUAUCGGAAUGGCCUGUAUCGCUGGUUUCUCCAUUUCCACGGGAGCUGCAUCCAGGCUCAUCUCUGGCUACGACAGCUACGGUAACACCUGCGGUCAGAAGAAUAGCAAGAUCGAGGGGGUCGAGCUCAGUGGCCGGGAUCAGACCGACAACAAGUAUGUCUUCUUCCUAGACCCUUGCAACAUUGACAUUCUGAACAGGAAGAUCAAGUCCAUGGCUCUCUGUGUGUCCAGGUGUCCAGACAUAGAGCUCAAGACGUACACUGACGUCAAAAAGUUUGCACUGCAAAAUGGGUCGGAGCUCUGCUCGUACGACAUCCCAGUCUCCAAGUAUCCAAGCCACGGAGAGAGAUCCAAAAAGUGCCCCAAACUCCCCGUGCCACCAAGUAAUUCUCUCCCCGUGUUCCACCGCUGCACUCCCGUGGACAUCUCCUGCUAUGCCCAGUUCGCUGAGGCCUUCGUCACCUUUGUCAGCGACAACAGCAUGCUGCACAGGGUCAUCGCCGGGGUGAUGGCCAGCAAGGAGAUCAUCAUGGGCCUGUGCGUGCUGGCUCUAGUCCUCUCCAUAAUCCUGAUGGUGGUGAUUCGCUACAUCUCUGUCGUGCUGGUCUGGAUCCUCACCGCCCUCGUGGUUCUGGGCUCUAUAGGUGGGACCGGGGUUCUGUGGUGGCUCUACGUGGACCACAAGACGAAUCUGACCGACCAGACUGCUACCUCCCCAACACCCCAACAGCAGGUGGCCACAGACAACGUCCAAGCUCUGCUGGUCUACGCCAUUUUUGCCACUGUCUUCACGGUGAUCCUGCUGCUGCUGCUGUUCUUCAUGAGGAAACGCGUGGCACUAACCAUCACCCUGUUCCACGUGGCGGGCAAGGUGUUCACUCACCUGCCUCUGCUGGCCCUGCAGCCCUUCUGGACCUUCCUCAGCCUCAUGCUCUUCUGGGUGUCCUGGCUCGGUGUGCUCCUCUUCCUCGGAACCGCAGGUAGCCCAGUGCAGAGUGAAGAGGCAGGGCUGGUGGAGUAUCGUAUAUCAGGCCCACUCCAGUACAUGGUGUGGUACCACGCUGUGGGCCUCAUCUGGAUCAGUCAGUUCAUCCUGGCCUGCCAGCAGAUGACCGUGGCCGGAGCUGUGGUCACCUACUACUUCACAAGGAAUAAAUCUGAGCUGCCCAUGACCCCCAUCGUGUCAUCUAUGCUGUGUCUGACCCGCUACCACCUGGGCACUGUGGCCAAAGGCUCCUUCAUCAUCACCUUGGUGGAGAUCCCUCGCCUCAUCCUCACCUACAUCCACAACCAGCUGAAAGGAAAAGAGAAUGCCUGUGCUCGCUGUAUGUUGAAAUCCUGCAUCUGCUGCUUGUGGUGCCUGAAGAAGUGUCUAAUGUACCUGAAUCAAAACGCGUACACGGCGACAGCGAUCAACAGCACCAGUUUCUGUACGUCGGCGCGUGACGCCUUCGUCAUCCUGGUAGAGAAUGCCCUCAGAGUGGCCACCAUCAACACCGUGGGGGACUUUGUCCUCUUCCUGGGAAAGGUACUGAUCGUCUCCUGCACUGCGUUCGUAGGCGUAUUGUCGCUCAACUACCAGCGGGACUACACGGUGUGGGUGCUGCCCCUGCUCAUCGUCUGCCUGUUCUCCUGGCUGGUGGCCCACUGCUUCCUGUCCGUCUUUGAGAUCGUGGUGGACGUGCUCUUCCUCUGCUUCGCCGUGGACACCAAGCACAACGACGGCAGCCCCGGCCGAGAGUUCUACAUGGACAAGGCCCUCAUGGAGUUUGUAGAGAACAGUAAGAAUAUGGCGGGAAGGGAUCGGCCCGAGGCAGAUGGAGACGGUCGUGAGAUGAAGCCUAUGACUCAUGGAGGAGGGACUUUAGCUUGACCAAACCAGAAGACGGAAACCAAAAGGCAUUC